GGCAGCGUCACUUUGACGCGUGCCGUCGAGGAGGGGGACGCUGGAUAACACAGUUGACAGUUGGUAGAACUGGGCUAGACAAGUUGUGUGUGUUUGCUUUCAGUUUGGAGUUCAGUUAUCGACCGCCCUACUUUCUCAGAUCGACACUCCGGGAGGACAGAUUCUUUAUGAGUCCAACAGAAAGACUCAGCCGUGACCAUGCUGAAACUAGCCGGAGCGACACUUUGUUUGUUGACUGUGUUUGAGUCAACUGUUUUCUUGGGGACUUGCUUACAGGCUGACGUUACGGGUUUUGAUGAGGACGCUUUCACCAUCCAGCACUCCAACACAAGCCAGUGUCUGGGUAGGGCGUCUUCGUCAGACUUGAGUCUCACCCAAUGUGACCCAAACAACAGGUCCCAGCUGUGGAAGUGGGGUUCGAGUCACAGACUCUUCCAUGUGGACACGUCCCUCUGCUUGGCGUUAGAUAUCCGCUCCAAGGCGCUGUCCCUGGUUGACUGUGGCUCCACCGUCCUGCUGUGGUGGCGUUGCCUGGAUGGAGCUGUUUAUACCAUUUAUCAGAUGGGCUUGUCGGUCAGCAAUGGCAAAGUUGUCGCCAAACGGGAUGCUGUUGAUGCUUGGCUAAGAGGAGGAUCCCAGGACAGCAUCUGCCGUAAGCCAUACCACGUUGUCCACACCAUCGGUGGGAACUCUGCCGGCGCUCCCUGUGAGUUUCCCUUCAAGUUCAACGGCAGCUGGUAUCACGGAUGCCAACCAGAUGCAGAUUUCCCUGGACUGUCCUGGUGUGCCACCUCGUCGGACUAUGAUAUAGACAGAAGGAAGGGGCACUGCCUAACACCUGAAGAGGGUUGCCAGACUCUGUUUGCCGGGCCGGAAGGGGAAUCCUGCUAUGAGUUUGUUUCCACUGCCGCAGUGACCUGGCAUGAAGCUUUGGAUUCAUGUCGUAGUCAGGGAGGUGAUCUGCUCAGUGUGUCUGGGCCUGAUGUUCUCCACUCCAAAACCUUUUUGGAGGGCCUGGAUGGAAUGCCUGAGAAGAUGUGGAUCGGCCUUCACCAGUUAGACACUUCUCAGGGCUGGCAGUGGUCAGACGGCUCCCCUCUCUCCGUCCUGCGCUGGGAAGACGGAGACGGAAUGCCGUCCACCCCCGUGCUCAUUGAGUCAGAUUGUGGAGUACUGAACUCCAAUCUCAACUAUGAAGUCCAGUCGUGCAACAAACGGCUGCCGUACAUCUGCAAGAAGAGCGUCAAUGCCUCUAAAACAGCAACAACAGAGUCUUUAGUAUAUAAAGAAACAGUGUGUGCGGAUGGUUGGGCCCCAUGGAACGGCUGGUGUUACAAGUUAGUGAAGGACAAACCUCGAAACUUUGAAGAUGCCCAUCUACACUGUAACAACACAGAGGGAGGAGGAGGAGGCUUUCUGGCCAGUCUCCACUCUGUUGACAGUAAAGAGAUGAUCAGUACUAACUUCCACGCAGAUGGACAGUUUUUGGAUGUGUGGAUUGGUCUGAUCGGUAGCGGCAUCACCCCUACUGUCUUCAAGUGGAUCGACCAGGCACCUGUCACCUUCACCUACUGGGACCCAAACCAACCAGUUCAGCCCACUCAGGAUACCAGCUGUGUCUUCUACUCUGGCAAGACUCAUGGUUGGCGGGUUGGGAACUGCACACAGAGGCUUCCUUUUAUGUGUCAAAAGAAAGGAGAGAUCAAGGAAUCAGAAACCCAGACCGGAUGUCGCUUUGAGGAUGGUUGGAGGAGACAUGGUAACUCUUGUUAUCAAGUGAACAACAACCCAGUGUCCUUCAAAGACCGCUGCAACAUCACUAUAAGAAACAGGUUUGAGCAGGCCUUUAUCAGCCGUCUUCUUGGACAGCAGAUCAGCAAGGAGCCUCAGUAUUUUUGGAUCGGGCUGCAGGACAUUAAGAACACAGGAGAAUACCAGUGGCUGAGCCAGAAUGGGUCCCCAGAUGCAGUUACAUACACCAACUGGGGCUGGUUUGAACCAGAGCGGGGUGGAGGCUGUGCAGUGAUUUCCACUGCAAAACCCCUGGGCAAGUGGGAGGUGAAGAACUGUACCAUUUUUAAGGCUGGCACCAUUUGUAGAACAGAUCUCAGUCCACCUCCAGCCCCGGAACCAGAGCCAAACCCCAACGCAACCUGUCCUGCGGGAUGGAUGUCCAGACCAAACAUCAAAUACUGCUACAAGGUGUUUCAUGAGGAAAGGCUGAGCAGGAAACGUUCCUGGGAGGAAGCUGAGAGGUUCUGUCAGGCUCUGGGAGCCACCCUGCCGAGCUUCACAAAUAAUGAAGAAAUGAAGGCCCUGCACGGCAUCUUGAGAGACACCAUCAGUGAUAAUCGUUACUUCUGGGUUGGCCUGAACAGGAGAGACCCAGCUGAUCGCUCCUGGCAGUGGAGCAAUGGCCAACCUGUGUCUAUGGAUAUUUUGCACCACGAUUUUCACGAGGAUGACGCUUACAGUCGGGACUGCACUGCUUUCAAGACAGCGAAGAGCACCUUGAAACACCUGUUUGUGCUCCUGUUCCACGACAUAUCCCCCACUCCUUUCUACGCCACACCAUUUCACUGCGAUGCCAAACUAGAGUGGGUCUGCCAAAUACCCCGCGGAAAGACACCAAAGACCCCAGACUGGUACAAUCCCGGUGGGCACCACGAGACAUCAAUCUUCGUAGAUGGAGCAGAAUUUUGGUUUGUAACUGAGCCUAAGCUAACUUUUGAGGAGGCAAAUCUCUUUUGCAAUGCCAAUGACAGCAAACUGGCUACGCCGCAGAGCACAACUGCUGCCGAAAAGAUCCACAAAUACCUGAAAGAUAUAUCAAGCUCUCCCAAGCAAAGCUGGUGGAUUGAUUUGCGACAGCCCGGGCGGAUAUUCCCCAUGACGUACACCCAGAUGUACUUGUAUCACUCACUUUUCCUGGGCAGAUGUUCCUCCCUCAGUCCUGAAAGCAUCUUCCCAGAGCAUGAGCGCAAUUGCCGACAGCGAUUGCCCUUCGUGUGCGAGAGGCACAACAUCACGUCCGUGGAGGUAAACCCUCUGGAGCCUCACCCCGGAGGACUGCCAUGUGAAAACGACUCCCUGUUCUUCAGAAAUAAGUGCUACAGACUGAUGAAGAACACGACGCCCGUGUCAUUCAAGUAUGCCAGUGAACAAUGUCAGUCGUUGGGCGGGACCCUGGCCACUAUAUCAGAUCAGGUGGAGCAAGACUUCAUCACCACCCUUUUGCCGAGCCUCACAAACAUGACCAAGAUAUGGAUUGGUCUGAAAAUCACAAGUGACAACCUCGAGUGGGUGGAUCAAUCCCCAUUUAACUAUGUUAAUUUUAACCCCCUGCUUUUGGGCAUGCACCGGGCUAUAAAAGUCAAUGGAUGGGAUCCAGACAGCAUGAAAUUGUGUGUGUUUAUGAUCAAUAACCCCAACUCUGCCAUGCUGGGAACAUGGGACUAUACUUCAUGUGCGCAAAAUCAAUAUUUGUCCAUUUGCCAGCACUAUGCAGAUAAAGUAGAGACGCCUCGGGUCUCCACCGAGCCCUUCACCGUCAGUAACCACACUUUCCUGCUGCUUGUCAAAAACCUCACCUGGUUCGAGGCCUUGGAGCAGUGCAGAAGUAACAACAUGUACCUGGCGAGCGUGGCCGACACCUUAGUGCAAUCCUCCCUCACUGUGCACGUGAGACGCGCGCAGACGCCAAUGUGGAUCGGCCUCUUUAGCGAAGACGAUGGGAUCCACUACCGCUGGACCGACCACAGUCACACUGUGUUCAGUCGCUGGUCUGCUGAAGCCACCAGUGGCUCAUGUGUCUACCUGGACACCGACGGAUUCUGGAAAGCCACCGAGUGUGAGGACGAGCUAGGAGGAGCUAUCUGCCACAAACCACACAAUGAGAGCAUCGCCACACCUGAGGAUGUCGCGGAAAAGUGCCCCCAUAAGAUCAAUGGUCCAAACUGGAUCCCCUUCAAGAACAACUGCUACUCCUUCCAGCUGGUCGCCUCCAGAUGGGAGCAGUUUGAUAAGGGACUGAUUCACGAUACCUGCAAAAAACUAGAUGAGGGUGCAAGCAUCCUAACAAUCCGUAAUGCAGAGGAGAACGAGUUUAUUCAACAGCAACUGGAACCGUUUAAAAGCCUGGUCCAGUUCGUGUGGCUGGGGUUGUUCAAAGAUGACAACGAUAACCAGAUGAAGUGGUAUGAUGGCACAAAUGUCCAAUAUUCCAACUGGGCAAAAGGAAGACCGGAUGUAGACGCACCGUUCUUGGCUGCUCUCACUGUUAACAGCAACUGGAUUGUCAUCUCAAACCCAAACUUAUUCUCAGAGUUCAAACAGAGGACCAUCGUGACCUGCAAACUGGACAAUGAACCCAAAGAGCAGUACAGCCAGUCAUCCAAGGAUUUUCAGCAGUACGGCAACUUAACUUAUAAGGUCCUAACCCAGAAGCUGAGUUGGUACCAGGCCCUGAAAGAGUGUGGUCAGCGUGGAGGCCACCUGGCGAGCGUCCACGACAUCCAGCACAGCGCACACAUAAAUCUCAUUGUCAAGACAGACGGCUUCUCGCUCUGGAUUGGCCUAUCGAAUCAAGAUGUCAGUGGCUCAGACUACGAAUGGUCUGAUGGAACCAGAUUAGACUACAAAGGCGCCAACUUCGACUCACAGGUCGUCUCAGGCAAACAAGAGCCCAGCUGUGUUACUGUAACUCCUGCUGGAGUCUGGAGGAGGUCCAACUGCAAUGAGAUCGCAGAUGGAGCCAUCUGCUACACCACCAACAUCACCACCGCUUCCCAGAGAGCCAGACUGCAGGCUGCCCCUGAGGCCAAUCACUGCCCUCAGAGCAACGGUAAGUCCAGGUGGGUGCAGCACCAGGAUCACUGUUACGCCUUCAGCAUGAGCCUCUACAACUACACCGUGUACACCAUGGAGGAGGCAAAGAGCAUCUGUCAGAGCAUGGGUGCGCAACUGCUGACUGUUAAAACCAGAGAGGAGAACGACUUCGUGUCCAAGCACAUGUAUGAUGACCCCUUCAUCACCGGUCGAGUAUGGCUCGACGUGGUCCUCAACGAUCAAGGUCAGUUUGUAUCGCACGACGGCUCCGCUCUACAUUACACCAACUGGAAGUCUGAGCCCGUGCCGCCUGGGAAGACGUCGAAGGCCCGCUGUGCCGUCAUGAUGACGGGAGAUGAAGGAACCUGGAAACUCGUCGACUGCAAGGCUACUCACAGUCGUGUUGUCUGCAAAACUGAAGCGAGCUCCGCAGGUUCCCCUGUGGCACUCGGUCUACUCAUUGUGAUCUUCAUCGCUCUCAUUUUAGCCAUUGCCUUUGUCGUCUAUAAGAAGAAAAGAAACUACUUCUCUUCCACCGUCCGCUAUGAGAGGACAUUCGAUGACGUUGACACCACCAGUAUUGUAACAGAUACUGAAUGAUCUUGCUUAAGUAAUCAGCCUCAGGGAGUACUGAUGUGCCUGCCUAGUGUGCAUUUAAGAGCAGGUGGAGUCUUCCCUUUUUUUUAAAUUAUUUAUUUAUCCUGCUCAAGCCUUCAAACUUCAAAGAAUUAUGUAUAAAUAUUGUUUGAGAAUUGUGAAUAUCCUCCAAAACUUAGUUUCUUAAUAUGGGUUAUUUUAAUUGUGUUAUUAAUACUGUAAAUACACAGGUUGAUGCUUUCUGGUAAAUGUUGAUCAUUGACAUGAGUCAGUGAGAGAUGCUAGAGGGUUUUUGUUUUGUUUUGUUUUGUUUUGGGUUUUUUUUUUUUUACAUUGUAAAAAGAUUUUGAGUUGACUUACAGAAAUAUGCAGCCUGGCAAAACAUUCCCCUCUAGCCUACGAAGUGGGGUUAAAUUGCACUGAUGUAUGGGUGACUCCAAACUAUCACAAACUCAACAUGCAUUUAUUAAUUUUCAGCGUGAACUCAAACAGAUUCAGUUUUAUUAUAUUUGUUUUAAUUUCAAAGAGUUUGAUUUACACCUGGCCUCAAUUAUUCAGUACAUCGAUUGACUUUUAAAAGGCCAGUUUACAUGAAAAUAUAGUAAAAGCUGUUUUUUCUUGGACUUGAACUGUUAUCUAGAUAUAGCUAGAUAGUUUUUCCUUCAGAUACUCACAUUACUGCUCAGACGUCACUGUGAGUCAUUUUAGAGCUACCAAAAUUUACCCCACAACUAACUGUCAGCAAAAGGAAGAACCGAAAGACUGUGGCUCUUAUGUAAAUAUUUAAUUAUGAGACACUUUGCUCUUGAGUUUUCUGUUUGUUUCUUGGCUGCGACACUCACCUCCACUUAAAAACUACACGGUACUCGGGUCGGGGAAAUUCAUUUGCGUUUUUAGUUGAACUGUGCCUUUAAACAAGUGGAAGUGGAUUAUGUCACUGAUGAAAAUUUCACUGAUUGUGCCUUUUAAUAGUAUCAUUACUUCAAAAAGAAAUUGGAGUCUUUAAGCCACUGGAUUGAGCAUUUCAGUGUAUUUACUGAAUCAGUUGACUUAAUUGAUACCUAAUGAUAUGUUUUAACUGCCAAUGUAAAAAUCUGAAAUUGCAGCCCUGCUGAUUAAUUUUGAAAGUUUAGGACACUGCUUUAGCCUCAAACUGAAUCAGACACCUGUUCGUAUAAUUUGUCUGUUAAUAGAGAUCAAACUUUCCUAUGCACUGAACUACUGAGCAAGAGCGCACUUUAAUAUGUCGUGGAGCUACAGUUCCCACUGUGUUUAAGCACAACGAAGUUUGGAGAGAAUUGCACUGCUGUUUGCUGUGAAUGCUUUUGUAAAUAUGUGAUGUUUGUUUUAAAACCAAGAAUGAACCAAAGAUGCUCCGAGUCGUUUGAAUGUCAAAAACACUGGGCUUCACUUUCCGAUUUGUGGAAAUGCCCGAGUACGGCUUGUCGUUAACCUGUUCAUAUCAAGUUGUAAUCCAAAUGGUAGGUUGUUUCUGUUUUUUGGUUUUAAAUUUUUUUCCAACAUUCCUGAAGAGAUCUGUCAGCUCAACCAGGUAUUUACCAAUAAAAUUUCCCGUCUUCAAAGGCU